AUGGCAGCAAGUGCUGCACAGCGAAACACAGGUGGAGCGCGAAAGGGUGACGGUGACGACAAUCCUGGCCGCCAGCGCGUCAACGAUCGCUCAAGCCGAAAACGGCGCCGUUCUGCCGAAGACGAAGAAGAGGACGAAGACACAACUAAGCACCGCAGAAAGAGCCGAAGAAUCCAGGAGAGCUCCGACCAGCAGCGCCUGCUAAACCCGACAGUAAACUCCAGGACCACUCGCAAGAGCCUGCGAUUACAGGAGAAACAAGCUGCGAACCAACAGCGAUCUACAACAAAACGGCGGCGUUGUGUGGAUAUCGGAGACGAACCACAACACGACGCGAAACGGCCGAGACGCGGGCUAGCACGACGCGCCGAAGCACGGAUCGGACCCGAUAAGGAGAACUUCAUCGAGGAUUGGUUGGAUGAGUGCGGACGGUCUCGCAGAAACUCGACAGAAAACGGACCCCGACUCUCCGAGGCAUCAGUCAACAUGCCUCGUAAACCUGCCCCUGUACUUCCGUCCCCAGACAACAACUUUGAAAGCAGGACAUCCACGUCCAGAAGGUCUGAGAAAUCUGCUUUAAGUGUCUAUGAUACGGAUUAUCGGCAGUCCUUAGGUCACCGGAACAUCUAUAUCCAUCGUAACGAGCCUCCGGCGGAGCUGAUGCAGCGAGCCAGAAGAAUAAUAUCCCGUUCGCGAGCAUCUCCGGAAAUGGACGAUGCUACAGCUCAAGGCUUGAUAGCGACAUCACGCAGGGUUGAGAAUGAGAGUGAAGAUGUUAUUAUCCAGCAGUUGGCCCCUGGUAUCAUUCCUGCGAUGAAUAUGCUCCCCGAUUCAAGGUUGGCAUCGAAUGCUAAACAACUGUGGUGCAAUUCUGUCCCUGUCCCGCUCAACGCAAACGUGCUUGCUACGCCACUCCCCUUGCCAGAACCGAAACCUGAUUUAGCUUUUGGAUACUCCCAAGCUGCCUUCACAGAAAAACAGCUGAUGACCAUUGAUCUUCUCGUCGACGACUCGUCCGGCCGAAGCUACGCCGUCACGGACCACAAGGUUCGAUUUCCGUUUCUAGAGAUCGAGUUCAAGUCCUAG